UAACCUAAAAAUGGCGCUUCGUAACUAAAUGUUUACAACAUUUCAAAUAAUAUAGAAAAUGAGCAUUUUAAUCAAACGUUCUAAGUCUGGGUGCUUCAAUAGCGCCUGCAACGUUAAAUUAUGGCGUCUAAACUCUACUUCGGCAGAUUCCGCUCUGAAAAAGGGCGAAGAAGAAGAAGAAUUUCGUGUACUGGAUAUCUUGAAGAAAAGGGAUAAAAUGCAGCGUCGAGUAGUCAAAAGAACUGAUGUGCAGCCAGAUAGGAUCGACAGGAUGGCCACAAACCAGAACUGGGGGAAUGUGUGGCCUGGUCCGAAGACUUUCCACCCGUCUUCGGUGCCAUUACCGAUACGUCAGGGCUACGUACCAAAGGGUCAAGCACCGCCAGGUAAAAAAGCGAACGCAGAAUUAAUGAAAAUACCAAAUUUCCUUCACUUAACACCACCAGUUAUCAAGAGCCAGUGCGAAGCCUUAAAACAAUUUUGUACGGAAUGGCCGAAUCUACUCAACUCUGAGGAAAGUAUAGACAAGCAUUAUCCCUUAGAAAUUAUAAGUUCAGAUUACUGUCACGCAAGUCCAUCUAUCCGUAACCCGUUAGCACGCGUCGUGAUCUUAAGAGUUAAAUUAGCAGACCUCAAACUCGAUAAACAUUCAACAGACAAGUUUAAGAGGCUGGUCGGUGACAGGUACGACCCAAAAACGGAUUUAGUGACGAUCACAGCGGAUCGUUGUCCAACUAAAGUACAAAACUUGGACUAUGUCAAUUAUUUGUUGACUGCAUGCUACCAUGAGUCGUGGAAUUUUGAAGAUUGGGAGAAGGAGAAGACCGAGGACGACAUGGAGUAUUAUGACUGGGAUAAUAAUGCUUCAAAGAGAAGUUUGAUUGAUUGGUAUCUUCGUAUUAAGAAUGAAUCGAAAAUCAUGAAUGAUGAAGAAUAUAAAGCAUUUGAUAUAAGCCAAAUAGAAAAUGGAGCCCAAUAUAAAGCGGCUGUAUCAAUAUAUAUGAAUGAAGGUGAAAAUCCACAGACCGUGCAAGAAUAUAGUAUCGCCGUUAGAAAGCUGUUUGGCUUGCCACAGAAGAAAUUAUUUUAAUGCUUUUGUAUUUAAAUAUAAAUUGUAGAUUGUACAUAAUAA